AUGAAGUUAGUAGACAUAAAUCAAAAGUCAUUCACAAAAGAACAAACUACAAGCCAUAUAUCAUAUUAUUAUCCUGGUGCUAAUUUAAAAAUUAGUGAAUCUAAAAAAGACAAUAAUGAAGUUA